AUGGCUUGCAAACUUCUUUGCCUCCUCGUCGUCUUCGCCAUCAUCACCUUCGUUACCCACGGGUCUGAACCACAUUGUGGACUUAAUGACGUAACUCUGAGACAAUCGAAGUCCGGAAUGGUUGAGAGCAAACCGGUGUGGAAAGUGACACUGAACAACCCAUGUAUAUGCUUGCUCACUAACUUAAAGUUGUCAUGCACCGGUUUUGAAUCGGUCAUGCCUGUUGAUACGUUGAUAAAAACCGGUGACGUGUGUGUUCUCAACAAAAGUAUACAAGGAGACUUCGUUUUCAAAUAUGCAUGGGAUACUAGCUUCGAGUUCAAGGUCAUUGAUGGCACGUUUUGCGCAUGA